AUGGAUACAAUCAAAAAUUUAAACCUAAAUGAAGAAAUCCCUAAUCUGGAAGCCGUAACGUCUGAACAUAUUGAGGCUAUUACCAAAACCCUUGAGGAAAAAUACUUGACAUUCUGGAAACAUAAACUUGAAAAUUCAUCCAAAUUAACUUUCUAUUCAACAUUCAAAACGGACCACAACCUCGAAAAAUACUUAAUACUUAUAAAAGACCCAUACAAGAGAAAAUGUCUUUCACGUUUUAGAGUUAGCAGCCAUAACCUCCAAAUUGAGAUUGGGCGAUACCAAAAUACACCCCGAGAAGAACGCUUAUGUGAAAUCUGUAAUUCAGGAGAGGUGGAAAACGAAACCCGUUUCCUACUCUUUUGCAAAGCCUAUGAGCAUUCUCGUGAAGACCUCCGAAGUUCUUUAGAGAAUGCCUCAUCUAACGAGAUUAAACUGAACUCUCAAACUCUAUCAGCUGACUUAAUGAAGUCAACUGAUAGUGAAAUCAUAACUAAACUGUCAAAAUUUGUUUAUUCAUGUUUUGAACAAAGGCUUAAAUACCUUGAAACCAGGAGUGCUAGUUAGCAUAGGUUGUAAUAACCACCUUAUUUGUAAAUAUUAUACUUGUCUACAUUCUUUCUUAUUCUUAUUAACGUUAAUGUUAUGUUAGUCUAUUAAGUAUUAUUGCACAUAUACUAAUUUGUAAAUUGUAUAAUCCUAGUUUACCAUAGUUCUCUAUAUAUUGUUAUAACUUUUAUACGCUUUAGCAAUACUGUACAUUUAUAGUCAUGCUAAUAAAGCUAUUAUUUACCUUACCUUACCACCCUAACCCCACCCCCCAACAUAUCACCUACCCUAACACCUACCCUAACCCUAACCUAAGCAUAUUACAUAAUGUUUCUAUACACCCCUGAACAGAAAUUUCGAAAAUUCAACAAAACCUCUUCAGAUUUUUACUGCAAACGUAUUUACGGUCAGACAACUGCUUAUCGAAAGCCCGCUAGCUUACUGUCGAUGCAAUAGAAGUGAAAACAGCGGGUUAAAUUUUAACCAAGGGUUCGGCGGAAACCCAACUUUGAACAAGCAGUCCUAGGGCUGGGUUGUAGGAAGGCUGCAUAGUGAUUUUUUCAAUUACUGUUGUAAAAGUUCAUAUGAUCCCGCUUACCGGGACGUCUCGCUU